AUGGUCAUCCGCGAGGACCUCAUAGAAUCGGCAGUCUCGUUCCUGCAAGACCCUUCGGUUGCGAGCGCGCCGUUGGAGAAGCGCAUAGCCUUCCUCCAGUCGAAAAAUCUUACGCAAGAGGAGGUAGACGCCUCUCUCGCGCGCGCCGCCGAAGGCCCCAGCCACCCCUCGCCAGCUCCGCAAAGCUCCACAUCCUCCAACUAUGCAUACAGACCACCUCAGUCAGCUCCAGCAUAUGGGGGAUAUCCUCCGCCCGGGUACUGGCAACAGCCGCCACCGCCAGAGCCUCCGAAACGAGACUGGCGCGACUACUUCAUCAUGGCGACGGUGAUGGGCGGUGUCGGUUACGGUCUCUACUUCACGGCGAAGCGAUAUAUCGUGCCGCUCAUUGCUCCACCUACGCCUCCUCAGCUCGAACAGGAUAAAGCAUCCAUAGACGAGUCGUUCAAGCGUGCUUUUGACCUUCUAGACCAGUUGAACGAAGACACAUCCGCUCUCAAGGCAUCUGAGGAGGCCAGGACAACGAGGCUCGACAAUGCCCUCGGUGAAAUGGAAAGCGUUCUCGCAAGCUUAAAGGAGUCAUCUAAGCGACAAGGCGAUGACAAUAGGCGGAUAGAAGACGAUGUUAGAGGAUUGCGAGAUCUUAUUCCCAAGGCCCUUGAUGCACAGAAGGAUGCGACGGACACGCGCCUGAAGGAGCUGUCGAGCGAGCUAAAGAGUUUGAAGACACUUGUUGGCAACAGGAUGGGAGCUGGUGCCGCGCGUCCGCCCGCGACCACGCCCGCAAGCUACUAUGGCGCAGGCCAGACAUUGGGCUCUGCCCCAACACCCAACAACAUUAGCGGAGCAGCGACGCCAAACCCUGCGCCUGUCUCCGCCCCCGCAACCCCUGCGCCCGAGCAGCCAGCGGCUUCUCCAAGUGCGUCGGAUAUCCAGGCAAGCAGCGCAACAGUAGCCCCCACAUCCGCGCCGGAAAAGCCUGCUUCAGCAUCGUCACCUUACGGACGGAUGGCGAAUGGACGGGCUGCAAUUCCCGCAUGGCAGAUGGCAGCAGCGAAGAAGAAUGAGGAGACGAAGAAGGAUACAAGUGAGAGCGGGACGGCGGUCGAAGCCAGCGCAAGCUCAUAA